AUGUGGACGACGCCCACGCCCACGCCUGUUUUCGAUAACUUCGUCGUCGCCGUUCGCGGCCUCGUCCAGGCUCGUGAUGGCGCGAAAUUGCAGGACUUUUUGCAGCUCGAGCCGCCCCUCUCGCCCGUCUACCACCAGAUGGUCGCCGAACUACGUGCUGCUCAUCCCGCCCACGCCAGCGACGAGUCGCUGCGGGUCAAAUGUGAAUCUCUCGCCCCCGCCUCCGACAGUGGGAGCUCAUGGACUGCGUUUGCGCCGUUUAUGCGACUGUACUUUACCUUUCUGCGAGACGUGGAUUUGGAUAACUUGCUGGAGACAUAUGAGCUGCUGAGAGCUCUGCUGAAUCAGUGCAUCGUCGCCCUUGGAGAUGGCCAGUACGGCGUCAUCGUCCUGCCGACCGUUCUGCAUCUCUGUAAAGUUCUGGCAAAGCUCGCGAUUGGCCUGGACCGGCGUCCGGAGUUGAUUGCUCACCUCGUGCACGACGAAGGCGAUUCAGAAGGGGCCACCGAGAAGGUCACUCUCGUCGAAAAAUCAGCGAACGUUGUGCGAGAAGCUUUUAUCAAAUGUCUCACGGACCGCACCGGGACACCAGGCAUCCAUGGCAAGCCAGAAGGCAGAAGGGUGGGCAUUUAUCUAAUGGCCAAUUUAUGCCUAAAGCUGCUCUUUAAGUGCGGAAAGCUACGAAAUGCUGAGCAGAUGUUUGCGAGUAUCAAUGCCCAGUCACCGCCGCUCUCAUGUUUUCCGGCGUCUCAGCGAGUAACGUACCUCUACUAUCUUGGGAGAUACCUCUUCUCCAACAACCUUUUCUAUCUAGCCCAGGUCGCCCUCCAGUCGUCGUAUAACCAAUGUCACAGACAGGCUCUACAGCAGCGCCGUCUGAUUCUCUCAUAUCUGAUUACGUGCAAUAUCAUUCUGGGCCGGUUCCCAUCCGCUGCUCUCCUCGAAAAACCAGAAUGCGAGACCCUGCGGGACAAAUUCUUACCAAUAUGCCAGAUCAUCGUUCGUGGUGAUGUGUUGGCAUUUCGAGAAUAUCUGGGGGAGAACUCGCCGAAAGCGGACUGGUUCGCUGAAAAGGGCAUACUUCUUCAGCUUCGAAAUAGGUGUGAAAUCCUCACCUGGCGAUCACUGGCCCGAAAAGUUUUUUUACUUGGCGGCUUUCAUGGAAAUGCCGGUUUCCAGCCCCAGAAAGGCCCCCCACCUUUUCUGUACCUUAACAAGCUGGAAAUUGCUGUUGAAUGGCUAAAAUCUCAAAGGGGAGGCCAAGGGGGGCUCUUGUUCGUAAAUAAACAGGCUGUUGGUGGUGAGUUUGUUUCAUUUCCCAACGACCCUGAUUUCGACCCAGAAACAAGACUGGAAGGAGAGCCUUACGGCGAUGGUAGCUUUGACGAUUUUAUUAGCCCAACUGGAUACUUUGAUUAUUCCGGCGAAUGGGUGGAUGUCGCCAGUUCAGAUGAUCUCCCAGAACCUGAUCUGCAUGAAUCGAAUCUCAUCGACGAUGGUUCUGGAGAAGUAUUUAAAGAGUUGAUGAGCAUGGGUCAGAUAACUAAACCCCUCCAUGGACACGACACCUCACCUCUACUUAACGAUAUUGAAUCAAUUCUCGCAUCCCUUCUUACCCAGGACCUCAUGCGUGGGUACCUCACUCACAGAAACCCACGAUACGCCAUCCCUGGUGCACGGGCGAAGGGGGCCAUACCUACAGGUUUUCCAAAUGUCUGGCAGACAAUCUACGCUCGCGAAAGAGAGGAUGAAGAAGUCCCCGGCUGGGUCAAGCAGCCCAAUCCAUUUGCUGGUGGUGGAGGUGCUGCCGGGGGAAUGGGCGGCCGGGUGGUAAAUCUCAGCGGGGCUAGACCAGUUGGUCUUGCGGGUCGAUAA